UCGUGGCAGUCGCUGCCGACGACGACGACCGGCAUACGAUCACGAUCACGACGACGACGACGACGACGACGUCGAUCCUCUCGAACGGUGUCGAUAUCUCGCGAUAAAUGCGCGACCGGUGUCUUAUUUUAUCACAUCGUUCCCCGACGACCGAAAUCGCGCGAAGGAGUGAAUAAAUAUGUCCUGCGACUCGCAGGUGUAUAGCGACUCUGCAGAUGCGCGGCUGAAAGUCGACUAAAUCCAAGAGUACAUCAGUGUCUCCGGUGUCGCCGACUGCAUCCCUAUAUAUCCUUUAGGAUUACCCCGUGGGAUAAAGAUUCAUUUGUCUCGCGGUGCCGCAUGUGUCCCGUUUUCGAGACACUUGAAUAAAAUUUAUGCAGUUCGGUUCGGUGUGUAGCUGUGGAAUUUAAAUCUCUUUCGCGACUACCAAGUGGUACCGGAAGACCUACCAGAAACGCACUUUUUUUAAACAAAUAUUGUUAUGUUUUUCGCAAAUGUUUGAUUGUGCAGCUUUCAUAUCAUCUAAUACAAUAUUAUUUCAUCAAAAGAUUAAAUUAUCGAUCAACUUUAAACUCGGAACUCCCAAGAACUUUCAUCCUUAAGCUUCAUUUAAAUCUCUGUUUAGUUUGAAAAAGAUUAUCGAUAAUCGUCGGCCGCAGUUCUCGAAGGAUACUUUAAUUUCUUAUAAAUCAUAUCACAUUAAGUCGAAAUAAAAAUAUACUUAAAUCCCUAUUAUCUACUAAUAAAAUUGCCUAUAAUAAAGAAAUACGAAAGUGACGCGCAAAGUGCCACCUGAUCGCGCCUCUAAUUAAAUCGCGCGACGCGCAAAAGGAGGACCACCUACCGAGAAUAACGUUAGGGUAGCGAGAGGAAGCGGAGGCAGAAAAAGUGGCGCGCAAAAGGCACGCGCUCAAGACGCAGGAUCAAAGUUGAAAUUCCUCGAGAGGGUGGCGAAGGAGGAGGAAGUCAAAGCGGACGAAGAGGACAUCGACCAAGAACCGACAGCCGAGGCGAGAAAGUUUCGAGAGAGAAAAAGAGAGACAAAGGAAAAAAAAAACGCGGCUCGGUUGUGUUAAGCGGAGGAUUUCGACGCGUCCGUUUUAAUAACGAGCUAAAAGAAAAGGAAGGGCAUGCGCGUGAAAAGACUCCGUCGAAGGACCUCCGUGAAUUGUGUAUCGCUGGCGUCUGUACUUUUCAUAGAAAGAUUCGAGUGAAUAAGAUCACACAAUAAAGAAUAAAAGUCCGCUCUUGAAUAAAUGAAUAAAUAAUGUCAUUGAAAUACCGUUGAAUGAAGAUAUAUUCGCGAGAGAUUGGGAAUUUUAAGAAGGAACGAAGGAAAUUAAACGUUCUCUCUACAAAAAUUAAACAUUCGAAACAUUGUGAGACGAAACAGAAACUACAGAAACUUGUAAUUGUUAUUUUCAUGUGGAAACGGUGAUAAAAGAAAAAAUAAGGAUUUAUCUUUGUGGAGAUUUAUUCGAUCGUAGUGAUCGUGAAGUGACUAUAAAUGACAAAACAAUUAAUUUUUAUUAAUAUAUGAACAUUAACUAUUAAAUAACAAUUAAAAAAGCUCUUUUUUAUUAAAAAUAAGGAGUAUAAAAGACUUGUAAGAGCUGUGUGAGCCACAAUCUUUACAAUAUAUGAGAUAUGCUUACAUAAUUAUAAUGAUGUCAAACUUGAUGACAAAAAUUUUUAAACGCACGUCUCCUUCACGAUACUACAGUUAGAAUACGACUGUAACGUUGGUUAUUAAAAUCUGUUAUGCUGUUUACCUGCUUACUAAUUUGUGACUUUGACAUUAACUAUUAACAAGUGCGCGACAAACAAUUUAAACGCGAUUUGGACAACGAUCAAGUCGAAGUCGAUCGCGAAAGACGUCGAGAAUGCCACGACGAUCGUUCGAGUGGUCGCGAUCUAUUAAGGAAGUGACGCGAUCGAAAUUAUUCUGGAAUCAAUAUCUGCCUCGCGAGAAGGAUUGCCGUUGAGCCAACUGUGUUCAUUUGAAAAAAAAAACUUAGUAAGAUCGCAGCAAUCGAAAUCGAAUGCUGCUCACCGCGAUAAGAGAGUACGUUCGACGUAUUGCGUGCGGCCAUCGCGACUAAGCCUCGAUUAUCGAUACAAGACGAUAUCGAGAUGCGCUGCGCAUUGGAAUACGUAUUUUUGACGAGUCUGCUGAUGAUGCUGAAGACUCGUCGAAUGGGCGCAGCUGCAGAGGAGCCGUUGCCGGAAUUUCAGAACAAAGCACCAGUAAGAUUAGUUUGGGCAACUGAAGGAGACAAUGUGGAGCUGCCAUGUGAUAUCACACCACCGACACCGGAGGAUUCAGUUAAUAUGGUUCUCUGGUUCAAGGACAACGUCGGUAUACCACUUUACAGCCUGGAUGCGAGAAAUGGUAGUUUAAGCGGCGCAAUUCACUGGGCAGUUAGCGACGAUCUCGGAAGACGAACGUACUUCCAGGUCGGCGAUGGUCACCGAGCGAGAUUGAAAGUCACCAAGGUGACGUUGAAAGAUCAAGGGAUUUUCAGGUGUAGAGUGGAUUUCAUGGACUCUCCGACACGAAAUUUUCGCGUAAACUUGACUCUAGUUGAGCAACCAAGUAAACCUGUGAUAUACGACGCCCAAGGACGCGAGGUGACAGGAAUAGGCGGUCCUUUUUUGGAAGGUUACGGCCUUGCUCUGACCUGUCAAGUUUCUGGAGGUAGACCCAAGCCCUCAGUAACAUGGUGGAAGGAUGGUGAGCUGCUGGAUGGACUGGUAGAUACGGUGCCUAUUGGCUCACCAAGUAGAUUUACGGUAAACGAUCUGUUCGUCGACAAGGUCACCAAGUCAUUAUGGGGAGCGAAGCUCGAAUGCAGGGCUCAAUCAGGACCAAUGGGAAAACCUAUCGUUCGCGAGGUGUCUCUCGACAUAUAUCUGAAACCGGCGAUCGUGAAAAUCGUUCUGAGCGAGAAUCAGAUUUUCGCCGGCCGUCCAAUCGCAGCAAAAUGCGAAACUUGGGGAAGUUCUCCAGCAGCCAGGAUUAUUUGGAGGCUGGGAGAACAUGUGAUGGGAGAUCCUAAUGUAUCUACCACACAGAGAACUAAUUCGACGGUAAGCAAGUUAGCUUUGGUGCUCAGUAAAGAUGACGAUGGCAAGGAAUUAAUUUGCCGAGCCGAAAAUCCGAGGUUUCCCGGAGGAGUGCUCGAGGAAGUCAAAACACUUCGCAUCUCUUAUGCUCCAGUAGUUGUCGCCCGUUUGGCAACUGGCUACGUUUUAGACACUUUGAGGGAGGGCGACGAUCUCAAAUUGCUCUGUGAUGUUCAAAGUAAUCCGCCACCGACGCGAGUGGUUUGGUAUCACGAUAAUCAACGGUUGGAGCACGAUGUAAACGCGGGUAUUUUAUUGGCUUCAAACUCAUUGACUCUUCGGGUACUCAUACUUGCACACGUCGGCGAGUAUUCCUGCGCGGCCGCGAACGCUGUGGGAGAAACUCAUAGUGCGCCGCUUUUUAUUCAUAUGAAAUAUGCACCGAGAUGCAGAGAAGGUAACGAGAGAAGAGAGAUCACUGUCGCUCGGCAUGAGACAAUAUCGCUCACGUGCGAAGUGGAAGCACUGCCUGACGAUCACGUGCGAUUUUCAUGGACCUACAACGGUACUAUCGGCGAUGUUUUACCUAUACCAAACUCAAGGGUCGAGAAUAAAGGCCUCACGAGUGUGUUAGAAUAUACACUAGGCGCCGAUACCGAUUACGGUACGCUGGCUUGCUGGGCGAGCAACAACAUUGGACGUCAAAGAGCACCCUGUAUAUUCAACAUCGUACCUGCUAAACCACCGCAAUCACCGCUGGACUGUGCGCUAUACAACGAAACCAGCUCGCUCGAGGUUAAUUGCAUCCCGGGAUCGGACGGCGGGUCGCCGCAGCAUUUUUUAUUAGAAGUUCGAGGAUCUCUCAGAAAUUCUGGCAUUGGCCAAAUUGGUCCACAUACUCUCCAAACGCCUCAGAGCGAUCAAGGGAUGGUCGGGGAAGCGCCGCCUAUUUAUCAAGACAUGAAUCUGACCCCUAACUUUCAACUUCACGACCUUGAACCGGGAUUCGAUUAUACGGUGUACAUUUACGCGAUCAACGGACGUGGUAAAAGUGAACCUGCUCUUCUGGAAAACAUUAGGGUUGCGGAAUCUAUCGGUGGAAAAAUGGAAAGAAGUGGAAUUUUUUUGGAGGAUCUAAAAAAGGCGCUGCCACAAGCCAGUUCCGAGAACAUGAUUAUUGCUAUUGCACUGACAGGUAUAGGCGGGGCAGCGUUGGUCCUCAUCGGCAUCGGAAUGAUCAUCGGCCUAGUGAUCUGCCGGAAAAGAUCAAACGCUACUAUCAUCGAAGGUCCAGACGAUUUUACCACGCCGACUUAUGUUCCGGCCCACAGAAUCGAACCCAAAAUCAGGUACUCUAACGAGAAUAGGCGUUCUCAAAGGACGAGUCUCUACAUCGAAGAAAAUCGAAAGGAACCAGAUUUACUUAACCGAGUGGAGCUUGACUUGCGAGGUUAAUUCACCUGAUUUUGUAUAGUUAGAAAUAAUCGAGACAUGAAGUGCAAUGUAAAGUAGUGUUCCAUAUAUAUAUAGAAUUCAACUGCAUCGCAUAAAUCGGUAUAUUCUAUUCAUGUAAUUCAUAAUGUUAUUAAACUAGAAACAACACACGAUUAUUGGCUAUAAAUGAGUAACUAUUAGCUAUAUAUCCAAAAUUGUUUGACUCGAAGAAUUAACGCUCGAAAAACGUUUUUACGAUCGAAAUUAAAAAGUUGCCGAUCUUCAUGCGAGUGGGAGGAUAUUACGAAACAUUCUAUUAGUUAUUUAUAUUCAUUUUCUGCGAAAAGUUUGGUCGUGCAAUACAAGGAGGUUGACGGCCGAAAUUUGUACUUUAAAUUGUAUAGAAUCUAGAGUUAAAAUAGUGUUACGUAAAUGUACAGUUAUUUUUACAACGUAAAAUGCCCUAAGGCAUCGCGAAGAUUCUGCUUACUUCUAUAAGUAUUAGUAUGAUAUGUCGACCUAAAAAAAACGUGAUCUUGUGUACCUUUCUCCUUAUCGCACAACAGACUGCUUCAAAAAAUAAACACUGAUUUAAAUUUAAAUAGUUUUUAUAAAUUUUAAUUCCGCAUACAAAUUUUGACUUUAUAUAUUUAACAAACAAUAAGCAAGUUUGUAAUGCUUACAUUAUACAUUUCUAAUAUUAUACUAUACAAUUAACCUUCUGAUAUAUUUUUUUGAAGCAGUCCAUAGUUAAUAAAUUAUUGUAUAAUCUUUGAUCAGCGUAGUUCACGCUAUUCCAUACAACUGUUGUAAAUACUUAUGUAUUGAUUAAUGCACACAAUUUUAAAGAAAAUAAAAUUGCCAGAUUGUAUUA